ACACUGAAGCGUCGCCUCGGCUUUUCCAAGACAAUCUGCGCUCAGGACUGAAUAUUAAAGCCAUCUAAGAGGGUGAGGGCGGCAUGCAGCACUGACCAGGCCUGGAAUCAAACCAAGACCACUGCAGUGGUGAGAAUCCCUUUAAGGCUUACAGUGCUGCUCCUCAAACAUUUCGGCUGACUCCUGCUUGAUAAACUCCUGGAAGUGAAAAGCUGAGACCCACAAGUGAUCCAGGGAUUCACGUCACUCCAACAUGCCUUCUUCUGUCUAACUACUCCCUGGAGAUAAGUACAACAAUGUGACCACUCAAAUCGAUCAGAACCAUGUGACCUGCUAUUAUGGAUACGAGGAAAGGCUUACACUGAAUUAAAACUCAUCCAGAAACCACAGAUAACGGAUACAUCAUCUCCACUGUGCUGGUUGUGUCCCUGCUGGUGCUCAUCAUCGCACUGCUAGCCUGGUACUUCCUCAGGUUAAAAAACCAGAGGAAAGCUGUAGUCACAACAGUUGACAAGAAGAUACCAAAUGGCAUCCUGGAGGAACAAGAGCUUGGACACAGUACUGAGUCGUUAUACACCAUUAUACCACCAGAGCAACAGACGGUGGUUCUUCUGCCCAGAUCCUCUUCUGCCUCCAAGACAUACUUGCCCAUCCCAGUUGACCACCUAGAGGAGGAAUACAGGCUCCGCUCAGCUGAUGAUGGCAAGCUGUUCAGGGAGGAGUACAAUUCCUUGCCAGGGGGUAAUCCCCAAGGGACAUACGAAGAAGCAAACAAGGAAGAAAAUAAGGAGAAGAACAGAUACCCCAACAUCCUUCCCUAUGAUCAUUCUAGAGUGGUGUUAACAGAGCUGGAGGGAAAUCCCUGUUCAGACUAUGUGAAUGCCUCUUACAUUGAUGGUUUCACGGAAAAGAACAAAUUCAUAGGCGCACAAGGUCCAAAAGAAGACACCGUAGCAGAUUUCUGGCGGAUGAUUUGGGAGCAGAAAGUAUCAACCGUUGUUAUGUUGACAAACCUGAAAGAAAGAAAAGAAGACAAAUGUUACCAGUACUGGCCAGACCAGGGUUGUUGGACUUACGGAAAUGUGAGGGUAGCGGUCGAUGACUUCACAGUCCUGGUGGAUUACACCAUACGCAAGUUCUGUGUGCAAUAUCAGGCCAGUGACGCCGCUAAGACUCCCCGCCUGGUCACCCAGCUCCAUUUCACCAGCUGGCCUGACUUUGGAGUUCCUUUCUCCCCAAUUGGAAUGCUCAAAUUUCUCAAAAAGGUCAAGUCAGUAAAUCCAGACUUCGCUGGGCCCAUUGUGGUCCACUGCAGUGCUGGUGUUGGGAGGACGGGAACCUUCAUUGUAAUAGAUGCCAUGAUUGAAAUGAUGCACGCAGAGCAGAAAAUUGACGUAUUUGGGUUUGUCUCCAAGAUACGAGAGCAGCGCUCGCAACUCAUCCAGACAGAUAUGCAGUACUCAUUCAUCUAUCAGGCCUUGCUUGAAUACUACCUCUAUGGAGACACAGAACUGGAUGUUUCUUCUCUGGAAGGUCAUCUGCAGAAACUGCACAACACCUUUAAUGAUGGUGAUCGGAUUGGCCUGGAGGAAGAGUUUAAGAAACUGACUAACAUGCGCAUAAUGAAAGAGAACAUGAGAACAGGAAACCUCCCAGCCAACAUGAAGAAGAACAGAGUUCUGCAAAUUAUUCCCUAUGACUUCAACAGAGUAAUUCUUUCCAUGAGAAGAGGUCAAGAGUACACAGACUAUGUCAAUGCGUCUUUUAUAGAUGGCUACAGACACAAGGACUACUACAUUGCCACACAGGGCCCUCUGCAGCACACAGUGGAGGAUUUUUGGAGAAUGGUGUGGGAGUGGAAAUGUCACUCCAUAGUCAUGCUCACUGAGCUCCAGGAGAGGGAGCAGGACAAAUGUUGCCAGUACUGGCCGACAGAGGACUCAGUCUCCUAUGGAGACUACACAGUAGAGCUAAAGGGAGACACCCUGUGUGAAACCUUUAGCCUACGAGACUUGGUACUCACCUUUGUUCCGGAGAAGCAGACAAGGAUGAUCAGGCACUUCCACUUCCACGGCUGGCCAGAGAUCGGAAUCCCGGCCGAGGGGAAAGGCAUGAUCGACAUUAUCGCCGCAGUGCAGAAACAGCAGCAGCAGUCUGGGAACCACCCCAUUGUUGUACACUGCAGUGCUGGUGCAGGGCGAACAGGUACGUUCAUUGCACUGAGCAAUAUCUUGGAGCGAGUCAAGGCAGAAGGCCUGCUGGACGUGUUUCAAACUGUGAAGAGUUUACGCAUGCAGAGGCCUCACAUGGUCCAAACAGUGGAACAAUAUGACUUCUGCUACAGGGUGGUACAAGACUUUGUUGACAUUUUCUCAGACUAUGCCAAUUUUAAAUGAUGAGAUUUGCCUUAAACACGGUUUUUAAAUGUUGUUUUCUAAAGCCAGUUUGUCAGUUUUAUGCGUUUCUUUAACUUGGUUAAAAUAAUCUUCUAUUUUGCUAUGCACUUGUCCUACCAUUAACUCCAGCUCCUUUCUCGCUGUAAUAUAUGGUAUGUCAGUCGAUGAGAAUUGUAAAUGAAAAAGCUAGAUUAAUAAUGUAUAUUUCACAACAUGUAUGAUCAUUUCUUCGUCAUGAAGUGUUGUUUCAGAGUCCGAUUUUAGUUUUGUUGUAUAAUAUUGUACUUUAAAUGUUUGUGUUAUUUUGGAUUGACCACAUAAUAUUUUUAAAAGUUGUAGUUAUUGUAAAUGUAUUUAUGUAUUGACAAUGACAUUCCUGUCUUUUAUUUGGAGAAGAUGGCAGGAAUGUUAAUAUUUGUUUUAUGUUGUAGUUAAUUGUACACAUACAUUCUUUCAUUUUGAUGACUUCUGAGAUUAGAGGUGAUACUGAAACUGUUUUUCAUUCUCCUCGAGCUACAUGGCCAUCACGAUUGUGAUGCUUUUUCCAAUGGAAACGGUGUCUGAAAAUGAAUGAAUGAAUCACAUCAACCAUAAUGCAGAGGGCAUAAAGUUACGCACCAAAGGCUGAGGUGACGAUACAUAGUUUUUACUUUGUUUUUUUAAAAUAUGGACUGAGGCAGAAGUUCAACGGACGUAGCAGAAUCGCAAAAGAUUCUUAACCUUUAACGUUUUGUACCUCAAAAGGUCGUGUAACUGCAGUGAACAUGGAUGUAACAUAACUAGAGUCUGCCUUUUGUCUGUAGACAGCAAAAAGCAUUUUGCUAAAGUGGCUGCACAUUAACAAGCACACAACUAAGCCUUUUACCAAGAACCUGUAAUACUGAAGAGCAUGUUUACUGCUUUAUUUGUAUUUUAGACUAGAGUUUUACACAAAUUAGUGCCAUAUGUACUUUUUAAAGACAGGAAGUGUGGUCUCCAAAUGUAGUAACUGCAGUAUAAUUUUACGAUGCACAGUCACUAUACAGGGAAGUAAUAGAAGUUCAUCAUUAAUCCUGAGUCCUGUAAUGGCAAAAACCACAAUAUACCAAUGUGGUGCUUCAGUGCCUGUCUAAUGCCAGAGAAACAAAAACAGCCCAUUAUAUCUACGUCUGCUUCUUUGACAUCUUUUAGAUUCCGUUGGUUUGUUUUGGCACAGUGGUAAAAACGAGGAAGCAGAAUGUUUUAAAUAAAAACUGUCCAGUGGAGUUUGAGUCUUUUGAAAGUAUCUGAAUGUUUGAGCUUUUCUGUGCAUUUUUCUGAGGUAAAUCCAUCUGGUACUCCAUUAGCAAUUUUGUUGAUGCUGUAUGUAAAUAUAGGCUGACAUGACAAAGUGCUAACAUUGUGAAAUUCGCUGAACAGCAAGAACCUGUCAAGUGAUUGGUCAUAUUUUCGUGUGCUAAAUGUAUAGGUCUGUGGGAGAUGUGAGGUUAAGCACAAGAAACAACCCAAGUCUAUUUUUCCCAUGGCUCCUUUUCUGUCCGUGCACCCUUUUUGAGAAACUCGAGGAGAGGCUGUUUAACCUACAGCUCUGCCUUUGCUAUCUCUGUGGGUGGCCUAUCCCUUUUUUGACUCUCAGUGUCUUUGAAAUGCAAAUUGCAAUAUUAAAAUCUUCUGAAAAUGCUG